UAGCCCAUUAGUGCACAAAAACAAUUGCGAAAGGACCAAUUAGGGAUUUACGCAAUAAACACGCCCCUUUUCGCCCGCGCAGGAUCCACUCUCGGACGCUGUCUGUCUCUGUUUGUAGUCGCGCUAGCUCGACAUUCCACUCAGGGAUGGAAGCAAGUGCUACUUCUCCUCCUUUUAAGAUAAUCUUGGGAUCAUCUUCAAUUGCUCGGAGGAAAAUAUUAGCUGAGAUGGGAUAUGAAUUCACCGUCACUACUGCAGAUAUUGAUGAAAAAUGCAUCCGCAAAGAAAAGCCAGAAGAGUUGGUAAUGGCUCUUGCUGAGGCUAAGGCUGAUGCAAUCUUAUCUAAGCUACGAGCUGAUAAUAAUCAAGAGAAUGAUGGUGAAUUGAGUAUUUUGAUUGCAGCCGACACAGCUGAAGCCAUCUUGCAAAGGCUCUCAGUGCAUGACUACAUAAAGGAUGCUGUGCCAGCAUUAUUGAUUACUUGUGAUCAAUUUUUUUUUCAUACCUUUCAAGAUUGUAAGAAAAGUCCCUGUCAUGUCAAUUGGCUGCUAAUUUGCGCAUCUUCUGAAAAUCUAGCCUCUCAGAACACAACUCAUAAUCAAGAGAGAGAUCUAAUUACGAAGGUGGUGGUCUAUGAAGGUUCAAUCAGGGAAAAGCCAUCCAGUGAGGAAGAAGCACGACAAUUUUUGAAAGGUUAUUCUGGGGGACAUGCUGCAACUGUGAGUUCUGUUCUUGUUACAAAUCUUAAGACUGGAUUCAGAAAGGUAGAAUGGGACAGAGUGGAGAUCUAUUUCCACGAAAUACCAGACGAAGUCAUUGAGAAGCUGAUCGAAGAGGGACUUGUGCUCAGAGUUGCUGGAGGACUUAUAAUAGAGCAUCCUUUGAUAUUGCCUUAUGUUAAAGAAGUGGUGGGGACAACCGAUAGCGUGAUGGGACUUCCCAAAGCUCUUACUGAAAAACUUAUGAAGGAGGCUCUCUAGCCUAGUGCAGCUAUUAUCUUUUCCAUUCUUUUGGUAUUUCCCGACUGACAUCCUUUGCUUUCCUUUACUGUUAUGCUUCCUCUGAACAUUGCUUGAUUUGAAAUGGUUAAACAAAUUAUUGGUUAUCGUUCCCCAUCAGCUGAUAGAGUAGGCACUGAUUUUCGUUUAUCAGGGAUGACUAGUUACUUAAAUGUUGAGCUGUGAACAAAAUGCUAUUUGCCAAAGUUGCCCUUUUGUUAAAGCUACUUGAUAGGAAUAUAUAGUAGACUGCAUAUUUUUAUGUUACUGGGCAUGAUAUGAGUAGAGAAAAUUUUAUUUAA